AGGCUCCCUGCGUGUGUCUAUAACUUUGUGUUGCUGCUGCUGCUGGUUGUUAGGAGAAGGAAUGUGGAAGUCAGCAGUGUGGAGGGUGACAGGCUGCCCGUGCAAGCUGCAGGAGCAGCAGCAGCAGCAGCAGCAAAAGCCCAAGCCCUUCUCCCGCGCAGAUUUUUCGCUUUCUCUUUUCUGUAUUUUUGGGAGACGUACAGAAUUUUGCUUUCUCCCCCUUCGUUUUUAAAGGGAAGGUGCCGCGAUAGACACAGGAACUAUGCAACGGGGUUGCUGCUUUUCUCUCCUGUGACUCCGGAUCUGUUUUUGAGCAAGCUCAGGUUCUUCCCUUUCCCCUCCCCUUGACUUUGUCUUUCUCUCCCCCUCCGCUGUCUUCCCCAAUCCUCCCUCCCCCUCCCUUUUUUCCUCUCUUUCUAGUGUUUUUAAAGGACUUGAGUGAAGAGAGGGGGAAACUGUCAAGAUGGCAGCAGCAGGAGCAAGGAGGUUAUGAAUGUGUUAGUACUGGAUCUUCUCGCAGCCUUAGGGGAGACUUGAAGCUUCCAGACCUGUUGGAAGAUUUCUGCUUUGACUUGCCUUUUUUCUUGAGAGGCAAACGACGUCAGCAAGAGCACUGCAAAACAAAAAACCAAAAGUGGCUUUUCCUUGCCCAGUUCGGCUUCUUGCGAGCAGUCUCCGUUCUAUCCUGGUUUUUGAAAGUAGUGCAGACUGGACUGGCAUGAAUUUAGAUGCAUAUUAACCCUCCGCUGCCUUCGAGUCGAAACGAAGAGAGAAAACUGGGUGGGUGGGUGGGGGAAGUCACCGUGGUAUAAUGCAGGAGCCCAAACCUCGGCUGCCGAAGCAAGAAAGAAGCCUGGGCUGCUCUCUGAUGGAUACAGUGUAAUUUGUGCGGUGGUGGUGCCUCCUCUUCGGUGGGAGGGUGGGGGUCCGAGAGAGAUCGGAAGACGCCACAGACUUUCUCUCCGUAGCCUUGGAAGGGUAGCACUUUUGCAUCUGCAUGGAGUGAAAUAUAAACAAACACACACUCCCAGUAGCAGAGCAGACACGGAGCUGCACCACUCAACUGCGUUUGGCUGCUUCUUGCUUUAAAGGGACAACCCUCCCUCCCCAGUACCCUCCUCCUCCACCUCCUCACUUCCCCCUCACCCCUCCCACUCUACUCUUACCCCCUCCCCUCCCCCUCCCUCCUCCGCCCUACCUUCCUCCCUUCUUCCACGCCCCAGCCACCUUGUCCAGGAGAGACCUGCCAAUCUGACCGCAGCUGGGGGAGGGGGUUGCCCCAUCAGUGCCUAUUACUCCGAUUGUCCCCACCCCCACCCCGCACCCUCAGGCGGCGGCUGCUUAGGACUGGGAGUCGCUCGCUCUACCAGGUUCACAGGAAGGGACGUUUCCAGGUCUGCCUGUUCCCCUGGCUUGGUGAGGUUCUGAUCUGGGAAGAGGAGGCGGUGGCAGUAAAGGUCCGCCAAAGACUUCAUUCCAGCUCAGGAUAACCAACUCUCUCCAUUUCCCUCUCUUUCUCCUCCACCCCCUAGCCCUCCUCCCCCCACCCCAGGCUGCGAUUCCGAUCCCUAAGCCUGUUCUCCCCCCCUUCCCUCCCCCCCACUUUACCCCGCCCCAGCGAGAGAGCAAGGAGGAGAGCCACCACUCGAGCUAGAGAGCGAGCGAAGGAGCGAGCAGUAGCAGCAGCAGCAGGCAAAAGGCAGCCCAAGGGCCCGGGCGGCGAAGAUGGCAGAGGCGCCGUCCUCUCCGGCCCCGCUGUCGCCGCUGGAAGUGGAGCUGGACCCAGAGUUCGAGCCCCAGAGCCGGCCCCGCUCCUGUACGUGGCCCCUGCAGAGGCCCGAGCUGCAGGCGAGCCCCGCCAAGCCCUCGGGGGAAGCGUCCGCCGACUCCAUGAUCCCCGAGGAGGAGGACGACGAGGAAGACGACGAAGGAGGCUGCGGAGUCCCUGGGGGCGGCGGAGGAGCUGGCACGGCCAUGGCCAUGGGCGGUGCGAGCGGCGUUCUCGGCCCGGGACUGCGCCCCGAGGAGGCGGCCCGGCUCUUGGCCCCUAGCGGGCAAGACUCGGGGGCCGGUGCGCCCCCCGGGGCGGGCGUGUUGAGCGGGGGGCAGCAGGCGCCGCUGCAGCCUCCGCAGGCGCCGCUGCCGCUGCCGCCGCCGCCGCCACCGCCGCCGCUGCAGCAGCAGCAGCCGCCGCAGCAACAGGGGGCGAGCGGGGCCGCGGGGCAGCCGAGGAAAUGCUCUUCCCGGAGGAACGCGUGGGGAAACCUGUCCUACGCCGACCUGAUCACUCAGGCCAUCGAAAGCUCUCCGGACAAGCGGCUCACCCUGUCCCAGAUCUAUGACUGGAUGGUGCGCUGCGUGCCCUACUUCAAGGAUAAGGGCGACAGCAACAGCUCGGCCGGCUGGAAGAACUCUAUCCGGCACAACUUGUCCCUACACAGUCGAUUCAAAAGGGUACAAAACGAAGGGACCGGGAAAAGUUCUUGGUGGAUGAUCAAUCCGGACGGGGGCAAGAGCGGAAAGGCCCCCCGGCGCAGAGCCGUCUCCAUGGACAACAGCAACAAGUACACCAAGAGCAGGGGGCGGGCGGCUAAGAAAAAGGCGUCGCUGCAGGCUGCCCAGGAGGCGCCCGAGGACAGCCCGUCAUCGUUGUCGCAGCUGGCCAAGUGGCCGGGCAGCCCCACCUCCCGGAGCAGCGACGAGCUGGACACCUGGACGGACUUCCGCUCCCGGACCAACUCCAACGCGAGCACGAUCAGCGGGCGCCUGUCGCCCAUCCUGGCCACGUCGGAGCUGGAUGACGUGCAGGACGACGACCCCCCGCUCUCGCCGAUGCUGUACAGCAGCUCGUCCAGCCUGUCCCCGUCGGUCAGCAAACCGUGCACGGUGGAGCUCCCGCGGCUCACCGACAUGGCGGGCACCAUGAACCUCAACGACGGCCUGACGGACAACCUCAUGGACGACCUGCUGGACAACAUCACGCUGCCGCCCUCGCAGCCGUCGCCGUCGGCGGGCCUCAUGCAGCGGAGCUCCAGCUUCCCGUACGCCGCCAAGGGCUCCGGCCUGGGCUCCCCGUCCGGCGGCUUCGGCAACGCCGUGUUCGGCCCCUCGUCGCUGAACUCCCUGCGCCAGUCCCCCAUGCAGACCAUCCAGGAGAACAAGGCGGCCACCUUCUCUUCCAUGUCGCACUACGGCAACCAGACGCUGCAGGACCUGCUGACGUCGGACUCCCUGAGCCACAGCGACGUCAUGAUGACCCAGUCGGACCCGCUCAUGUCCCAGGCCAGCACGGCCGUGUCGGCCCAGAACUCCCGCAGGAGCGUCAUGCUCCGCAGCGACCCGAUGAUGUCCUUCGCGGCCCAGUCCGGCCAGGGGGGUCUGGUGGCUCAGAACCUCCUGCACCAGCAGCACCCGGCCCAGAGUCCUCUCGGCGGCAACCGUGCCUUGUCUAGCGCCGGCGGCGGCCUGGGCCUGAGCGACGCCGGCGGCCUGGGCUCGGCCAAGCACCAGCAGCCGUCGCCCGCCGGCCAGUCUAUGCAAACCCUUUCUGACUCACUCUCAGGGUCCUCUUUGUAUUCCACUAGCGUAAACCUCCCCGUCAUGGGCCAUGACAAAUUCCCCAGCGACUUGGACUUGGAUAUUUUUAAUGGGAGCUUGGAAUGUGACAUGGAAUCCAUCAUUCGCAGUGAACUCAUGGAUGCCGAUGGGUUGGAUUUUAACUUUGAUUCCCUCAUCUCCGCUCAGAACGUUGUCACUCUGAAUGUGGGGAACUUCACUGGUGCUAAGCAGGCCUCAUCUCAGAGUUGGGUGCCGGGCUGAAGGACCUUUGAGGAAAGGGGGAAUGGGCAAAGCAGACCCUCAAAAACUGACACAAGAUCUAAAGAGGAGGAAAUAAAAAAAACCCUUUGCCAAAUCUGCUCUCAGCAAGUGGACAGCGACACCGUUUACAGCUUAAUGACCUUUGUGAAUCAAUCCUGCAUCAUCUUCCCAACCAAGCAGAGACUGUUAAUGGCCCCCUCAACCCCCCCAUCGAAGCUUCUAUUGAACUCGAGAACGUAUGCAAAAUGUUCCCUGUACAGGAUGAUGGAGCACCGCACCUUCCGUGGACACAGCACCCAACGCCUCUGCGCCAUCUUGUCAAGACACACUGUGUACCCUCUAACCAUAGUUCUCUGCCAGUGAUUAUGUGGUGUUAUAAUAUAGCGAUGGUUUAUGGGCUCUUUUGAGAUUUGUGUUUGUUUUCUCACUCCUGUGCCCAACCAGUACCUUUUUUUUCUGUUAAUUAGAUUCAUCUGCCCUUUUUUUCCUCUGGCAAGUCUAAAACUUUGGAAAGAAGCAAACACUCUUGCCAGUUAAGUUCCUGCUUCAGGAGUCCCAGACCUAUGGAUCCCUCUGACUCGGUAGCCUGACAAGUUGAAUAAUCUAAGGAGCAUAUUCUUUUGUGAUUUUUCUGAUAGAAAACUGUUCUCUUCUUAGAAACCUAACAAUGGCACAGUCAUUUUCCAAAAACAGGAUAUAGCACAGGAGAAGAGAAGAACAAUUCAUCCUAUACAGUGUUUUGUUUUGCUUUUUUAAAUUCUGAAUGAGGAGAUUCUUUUUAGAGGGUCCACCAAAGAGACCCCAAAGCUGAUCUGUUUUUGUCUAAUUCAGGAUGGCUUGUGGUUUUCGUGGAUUGAUCCCCAUUCAGUGUAGUGGAACAUCUAUUUAUUGGUUGGAAGCGCCACUGUUUUCAGGAGAGAAAUAAGCUAAGAUGCCCAUUCAUUGCCAAAUGCCACUUAGCAAUUUCCUUUUUUUUUAUAAGGAGGAAAAUGGGUGGGGGGGGGGUAUAGUUUUAUUUUGCAUUGAAUGUGAGAUAAGCUUUUCACAGGUAUAUGUCAGAUCCGAAAUGGGUAACCCAUGGGAAGAGUGUAAACAAGUUUGGGGGGAGGAGUUUGUGUCUUUCAUAUUUCUUGAAAUACCUUUCUAUGAUCACUUUCCACCUUGAUGUAUAAUCAGAUCUCCCAGAACUGUACAAGGGAGAGAGACUAUAUACCGCACAGAUUUUUUUUUUUGUAAGAUUGGAUUAUAUUUGAAGAAAUGAAACAAUGGAAAUGAAAGGCCAUUUUAAACUUUUCAUUUUAUUUUUCAGGCUUUUCCAGAUUUCUUCCUUUCUUUUUUCUUUAAAGUUAAUGGUGCUGUAUAGGUGCUUUCUGUCUAACCUGGAAAGUGUGAUUAUUUUUGUUAGUUACUUUGGUAGGGAGGCAAUUUGGCUGUUCUUUUGGGACAGGAAGAACCCAGUAAGAAGCAGCUCCAGUUAGCCCAACAUUGGAGCACUUGUCCAAUAUGAUCCAUGAAGACUUUUUUUCCCACUUUGGAUAAAAUCCUUAUGCAUAUAAAUGUAUAAAUAUAUUUUACUAUGUAGAGUACAGAAAAAAAUAAUUAUGCAUGGGUGGUAAGAAUACAAAUCUGUAUUCCAGCCCAAAGUUUCAGUGCAGAAGUUCUCACUGUUUAUUGGCCCCAUGCACCAUCUAGCAACUUCCUUCCAUGACUCACAAAACACACACGUGCACCUGCCACCGUCUACCAAUGAGCCCCAUUUUUUUUUCCUUUAUAUUAUCUUGGGGCCCAAUAUUGGUAGAAAUUAUAGCUGGGGUAUUGGGUAUUCCAUUUGGUCUCUUCAUGCCCCCCCCCCACCUCCGCCAUGCUUAUAUUGUCCUUUUUGAGUGAUGACCCUGUUUGUUUCAUCACCUUUGACAGAAUCUGUAAAUGCUCGUGCAGUCGUGGUGAUGGUAGACCAACCUGGACAUACCCAUUUUUGGAACAUCUUAAGAUCUUACCAUUUUCUUUGCAGAAGGUAUUCAGAUUGGUCCAGUUUUCAAUAGCAGAGACUUGCUUCUUGUGUUCCUUUACCAUAGCCAACACUCUUGAAAAUUUGUACAAAUAAGGCACUCAUCAAAUUUUGUUUACUAGACAUCUCUGAAAACUGAAAGGACUACUUGGUCAGGCAUUAUUGGAAAACACAUGCCUCUCUCCAUUUUCAUUCCUCAGUCCUGAUGCUAGCCACGCUGCUGGGAACAUGGGGAGUGGGCCAGAGAAGGGGAUAUGUACUGUUUUGACUUAUUUUCUCAGGUGGCCAAAGUAGAACCAGCUGGGUGGGAAGGAGCUAUUAGGCUAUAUGAGAGUCCAGAGUGUUCCAGACAGAGAGCCUAGAGAGUUCAGUUCUUGAGUUAUUUUCUUUGUUGCUCUAGACCCCAAGAAUUGUUUGGGGGGGAAGGGCAGGAAAUGGGUGAAAAAAACCCUAAAUGUUUCAGUUGAAAAUAAAAAUGGCUUUGCGUUCCCCAGUUACUAAUUAUAUAGUAUCUCAUUUAUUUUCUACUUUUCCCACACUUGUUGGGUUUUAAUCAGAGACUAUCUUGAGAAAUGUCUUGAACCCAGAUUUGAAUUUAAUCUAAGACAGCUGAGUGCAAGAAAGCAUGGGAUCAGAGAGCCAUAGAACUGAAGGGAAGUCCCCCUGCCCUUACUGAAUGACUCAGAGAAACAACAGCUUAAACAUGAGGACUCAGGAGGGCUGCAAGGUCAAGGUGGGGGAAAGUCUGAUCCCAUCUAGUUCUGCACCUAAAGCUGUGGUUACAGUUCUCUCCUUUAGCAUCCUACUGGCUUGAAUUCUCCCUGCCCUAAACUAUGUGCCCCAAAGAGGGGAGCCCCAGAAACUGAAACUGAGCUAAAAGGCCAAAGAGAGAAGAAGCAAGAUCCUUGCUAGAAUUGAAGCCAGAGUUCUUUCUAUGAGCCUGAGCUGGUACAAAAGUGCCACUUCUGGCUUUCAUUGAAAGACCGGACCUAAAGGAAAAUCCGGUCUAACGUCUGCUCAGCCCAUGCACCCAAGUGGAAAUACCGUUACUGAUUUGUGUCAGUAGAACAAAAUUUGAAGUCAAGGUAGUGAAUCCUCCUCCCUCUGGCCAUUUUCAAAUAGAGGCUGCUAAAUAGAAAAUGCAGUUCACAUAGGUGAUCUGGUCACUGGCACCAGCCACCAAAUUCCAGCCCUUCCUAACCCUCCUUUCCUUGCCCCCAUCUCUAAGGACAGUAUGGGGAGGGCUGCCAUUUUGUUUUUUUUGGUUUUUUUUUAAAUAAGGAAACCAGAAGAGUAACUAAUGGCUCCUAAUUAGACAUGCACUCUGGGGAACUAUUCCCCUCCGAGACCCCAGCCCAAACAUCUUUUACCAAAGUUAGGAAACAGCUUUAUCACAAGCUUUCCUUGUAUAUACUCAAGUGCAGAAUCUGAAUGAAUCUGAUGUUUUCCUUUUUUUUUUUAAUUUUCUUUCUCUCCCUCAUCUUCCAUAAUGUUAUUCUUGCUGAAAAGCAGUUGUUUGGUGGAUGUAUGUUGUUAUUAAAUUUUUUUUUACUUUAAUCAGAGGAGGAUGUUGGAUACAGUACAAAGCGGGCUUUGUGGUAUUAUUUGUGUGAGUGUGUGUGUGUGUGUGUGUGUGUUGAUUUUAAUAAACACAUCUACUGCCUCCCUUCCCUGAAGAUGAAGCUCAUGGUGGCUCUCACUACUACCAGCAGAUAUUUCCAUUCAUAGGAGUAAGCUUUCAAGUUGGUUAACAAUUUGUGUUCAUUGGAAUAAGGAUAAUGAGAACAAGAUUAUCUUUGCCUCAUGAAUCUCUCUCUUUUUUUUUUUUUAACGAUCAUCAUUUGGGUUUCUCAAAGAUGCAACCAAGACCAAAGUACCACAGCCACUUAAUUAUUCCCCACAGGAAUGUCAGGGACUCCAUGGGGAUGGGCAAGGAAAAGGAAAAAGCAGUAGAGAAAUUCAGGCCUUCAGGCUUUCCACAACCAAAAUCAAAAUCUCUGCCUUUCCUUUUAAAAAAAAGUCUCUUCUAAUGUCUUCACUCUGAUUAAGGAAAACUAAUCUUUCCAAUACUAAAAGUCACUGAUUCUAUUUGCUCAUGGAAUAUUUUGGAAAAUAUAUGAUUAUGAUUUUUUUUUAAAUCAAGAAAACCAGUUGGUUUAUGGGGAGAUAAUCUUUGGCAAAGAGGUACGAAGCUCAGCAUCUCUGGGGAAAGGGGAAAUAAAGGAAAAAGACUAGUUUUCCUGAAAUCAUGUCCAUUAAAUAAGAUCUUAUAGCAGAUACACAAGUUAUUAAAGAGUUUUAGUGUUAAUAUUUAAUACAUAAGUGCUAAGCAUCUAAAGUGGUAACAUUUAUGCAAUUUGAACGAUUGUGUAUUUUUCUUAUUUAAUUUUAUUUGUGAUUUUUUUUUCUUCUGUGAACGAUUGGUUAUAAGGCUUCUGCCUAACUCCAGAAAUAUUUGUACCAUUGCUUUAAAAAGCUCUAUGUUAGGACAUUUAUUUCUCUAAAAUUAUGUCAUUGCUUGGCAAUCAGUCUCCUCUCAUAUAAUUGUCUUAGUACAUCAUGUGCAUUGGAAAUGUAAACAGAUGUGGAGGACCAGAUAAAUUAGUUAAUAUUUUGGGAAAAAAAUGUAUUGUGCAUUUUGGCUUCACAUGUUGAACUUUUUUUUUAAGAAAAAAAAAAAGUUGCAUGAAUGGAAAAAGAGUAUCUGUAUACAGUAUCUGUAAAAUCAUCUUCUCUGUUUUAGUUUCUUGCUAACAACCUGUACAGACUAGAAUGAUGUUAAAACCCCUGUCUUUGGUGCAUGGCCACAGUGAAAACACCUAAGAGCUAAGAGGCCCCUACUAACUUCUCUUUGGUAGUGAGUGCCUCAUCCUUUCUUUUAGAGUGAACACUAUCCUUGCAUUCUCACUGAGAAUCUUGUCUCCAACCCUGUGUUGCCAUGGAUUAACUAACCAACUCUACACUCUCUCUCUCUCUCUCUCUCUCUCUCUCUCUCUUUAGGAGGAUCAAACCAUUUUGAUUUGAGAAUCUUUCCAAACGAAAUAGAGAUUCAUUGCUCAUUCUCCUCAGUGUUGAUCUGUAGAUAUCAUAUUGUGUAUUCCAUUUUCAAUUGUAAUCUAGUUUGUAAAAGAGAUGGUGACCGCAUGUAAAUAAAGCAUAAUGACUCUCUA